GCCCCCGCGUGUUUAAUCACGUCUGCGGCUUCCAGUAAGGAGGGGCAGGAGAGGGCGGGCCCGUGCUGAGAAAGCUUUCUUGUACUCCGUUUGUACCAAAAUCUGAGCAUUCCUGCUGGGGGUGACCGUACCGGGAGGAAAAAUAUAGGGUACAGGGAGGCUCCAGGAAGUUAAGUCACUUGUCAGAAGAAGCGCAGCCAAUCCAGAAACAGCAUGUACACACCCAUCCCCCAGAGCAGCUCUCCAUUCCUGGCCUCAGUGCAAGACCCUGGCCUGCACGUGUGGCGGGUGGAGAAGUUGAAGCCGGUGCCAGUGGCCAGGGAGAACCAGGGUGUCUUCUUCUCGGGGGACUCCUACCUAGUGCUGCACAAUGGCCCGGAAGAGCUCUCCCACCUGCACCUGUGGAUAGGCCAGCAGUCAUCCCGGGAUGAGCAGGGGGCCUGCGCCGUGCUGGCGGUGCACCUCAACACUCUGCUUGGGGAGAGGCCAGUGCAGCACCGAGAGGUGCAGGGCAACGAGUCCGACCUCUUCAUGAGCUACUUCCCGAAGGGCCUCAAGUACCAGGAAGGCGGAGUGGAGUCAGCGUUUCACAAGACCUCCCCAGGGGCCACCCCGGCUGCUGCCAGGAAACUCUACCAGGUGAAGGGGAAGAAGAACAUCCGUGCCACCGAGCGGCCGCUGAGCUGGGACAGCUUCAACACUGGGGACUGCUUCAUCCUGGACCUGGGCCAGAACAUCUUUGUCUGGUGUGGUGGAAAAUCCAACAUCCUGGAGCGCAAUAAGGCUCGGGACCUGGCCUUGGCCAUCCGGGACAGUGAGCGGCAGGGCAAGGCCCAGGUGGAGAUCGUCACAGAUGGGGAGGAGCCUGCCGAGAUGAUCCAGGUCCUGGGCUCUAAGCCCACUCUGAAGGAAGGCAAUCCCGAAGAAGACCUCACAGCUGACCAGACUAAUGCCCAGGCCGCAGCUCUGUAUAAGGUCUCUGAUGCCACUGGACAGAUGAACCUGACCAAGGUGGCCGACUCCAGCCCCUUUGCCCUCGAGCUUCUGAUUCCUGAUGACUGCUUUGUGCUGGACAACGGCCUCUGUGGCAAGAUCUACAUCUGGAAGGGGCGAAAAGCUAACGAGAAGGAGCGGCAGGCAGCACUCCACGUGGCGGAGGGCUUCAUCUCCCGCAUGCGGUACGCCCCACACACUCAGGUGGAGAUUCUGCCCCAGGGCCGCGAGAGUCCCAUCUUCAAGCAAUUCUUCAAGGACUGGAAGUGAGAACGGGCAUCUCCCUGUGCCCACCUCCUGCCUGCUUGCUGCUCCUCCCGCUGCCUGGUCGGUGCUGAGGUGCCCCUGCAGAUGCUCAAUAAAGGAGACUUGUGCUUUCCUCA